GCAGCGCGGCCACCGCCCCCGAGCAUAUCCGCGGCGGACCGGAAGCGGCGGCCCUUUCCCGGCGGAGCGCAGCCAUGGCCCGCGGCCCCAAGAAGCACCUGAAGCGCGUGGCUGCGCCCAAGCACUGGAUGCUGGACAAGCUGACGGGCGUGUUCGCACCCCGUCCAUCGACAGGCCCUCACAAGCUGAGGGAGUGCCUGCCACUCAUCAUCUUCCUGCGGAACCGGCUGAAAUAUGCCCUGACGGGAGACGAGGUCAAGAAGAUCUGCAUGCAGAGGUUCAUCAAGAUCGACGGCAAAGUCCGCACAGACAUCACCUACCCUGCGGGCUUCAUGGAUGUCAUCAGCAUUGAGAAGACGGGGGAGCAUUUCCGCCUGGUGUACGAUACCAAGGGCCGGUUUGCUGUUCACCGCAUCACAGCUGAGGAGGCCAAGUACAAGCUGUGCAAGGUGAGGAAGAUCUUUGUGGGCACCAAAGGAAUCCCUCACCUGGUCACCCACGAUGCCCGCACCAUCCGCUAUCCAGACCCCCUCAUCAAGGUGAAUGACACGGUGCAGAUUGACCUGGAGACAGGCAAGAUCACAGAUUUCAUCAAGUUUGACACAGGUAACCUGUGCAUGGUCACUGGUGGUGCCAACUUGGGCCGUAUUGGGGUGAUCACCAACCGGGAGAGACACCCUGGCUCAUUUGAUGUGGUUCAUGUGAAGGAUGCCAAUGGCAAUAGCUUCGCCACCAGGCUCUCCAAUAUCUUCGUUAUUGGCAAGGGCAACAAGCCAUGGAUCUCCCUGCCUCGUGGAAAGGGCAUCCGCCUGACCAUUGCUGAAGAGAGAGACAAGAGACUGGCAGCCAAGCAGAGCAGCGGGUGAAGCCCAGCUCAGGCCAGCGCUGGUCUUUGCAGUAUCUGAUUAAACCAUUUACCAAA